AUGAUUCGACAAUUCUUUCUGACUUGUUGCUUCCUUACGGCAUGGUCUUCAGCUCAAGUCGUCAGCAAAACAGCCAUUGACUUCUGUUCUGUAGAAAAGCAGGACUGUGGUAGAGGAAUAUGUGAAUCCCACCGUCUAGGAAAUCGUUGUAAGUGUCCCCGAGGCUGGAUGGGACGAGGAUGCUCUCGUCCCUGUCAGGAUGUUUACCGAAGCUGUGCCAGAUGGAAAGAAGAACGUCGGUGCAGUUGGACCAGACCUAUCAGUCCUUUCUUUGCUGAUAACUGUGCUUUGAGUUGCGGAAGUUGUGAAGGAAACGGAAAAAGACUGCCCUUGACUCUUCCUCCUAUCCUGGAUAACAUAGCUUGGUUGGUUGGCAGAUGGGAAACUCGGACAAACGCUGGAGAUAGAUUCCCGGAGCCAAUAGACGGAGCUUAUCGUGAAAUUCUUGAAGUCCAGAUCUCGGAUGUUCCAUCUUUCGACCGUCCCCCUGUGAAUAUCAGCACUUUAGCCAUCUCCAUAAAUGGAGAUGAUAUUCAUCGUGAACUUGGAUUUAUGACCAGUAAGCCAUUCAAUGAGGAUACGGGAUUUAUUGAUGAAAACAAACCCAAACUUGGAGAAGAUAAAGUGGCUAUUGAAACAGUUGGCAAUACAGGCAUGAUGAUAAUUGAAGAAGGUAUAAUUAGGGAUAAAUCAAUAAAACUUGAAACAACUUAUAAGAAAUCUAUAUUAGGAUCUCAUAUGGAAUUUCAAAAUUCUCGUCGCAUGUUCCUUCUCAUCCAACCAGAUUUACUUGAGGAACGUGUAAUUAUGACUGAUUCUAGAGGACAAACAAGGAAAUGGCUUAAGAGAUAUCGACGAACAUUCGAUUAUUUACAUAAUAUCGUUAGUGUGGAUGACGUGGAUUUGCGUCUUCCAUGA